GAUGGUGUGUUCGCACAAUGGAUAAGCUCUGUCCGUCGGAUGCUGCAGUGUCAUCGCUUUAAGUGCGAAAUAACUCAUAAUUUAACAUUUCUUUUAUCUGGAAAGCCUCCAGUUAAUCGUCCGCGGUCAGGUGCCCGAACGCGAGGAUAACUCAAUGUUACCGCUAAUAAAACGGAUGAUUGUAACGUUACUGCGUUGAAAAAGGACAACCUAUGACAUCUGUGGGCCCAUUCCGACUAAUCUGAGGUUGUGUUAAUCAGGCUUGCAUUCUCACCUCACAGAAUGGCUGUGCUACGGCAGUUUGGAUUACUUCUGUGGAAGAACUACCUUCAGCAGAAGCGGCAAAUUCUGGUGACGCUGGUGGAAGUCGCUUUGCCUCUGCUCUUCUCCGCCAUCCUGAUUGUCCUGCGCCAGCGGGUGCCCUUCAAGAACUACCCAAAUGCAACACACUACAACAGCUUCUCUGUGGACUACAUGCCCUUCCAUAUGGAGUUUGCCAACUUCCAGCUGGCCUAUGUGCCGGGCAAUGCCAGUGUGGUGCGCCAGGUGGCUGAAGAUGUGCAGCGCAGCUUGGGGGUCAUGGCCAUCAGCUCUGUCCGUGGCUUUGAGACGGAAGAACAAUUUGAAGAGUUUGUGAAGACAGAUCCUCACUCAGGCAAAGUUCUGGCCGCGGUGGUGUUUGAGAACACAUUCCUCCAUGAUGACGAGCCUCUUCCAUUAGAGGUGAGUUAUCACCUGCGGUUCCCAUACAGCCCCCGGUUUGCACCUCCCAAGGAGAGGUCGGAGCUGAACCCCAAUAAUGACCUGGACUGGCACACACUCAGCCUCUUCCCCCUCUUCCAGUUACCUGGACCCCGGGAGCAACACGACCCACGUGGUGGCACACCAGGAUAUUAUCGUGAGGGCUUUCUCACUCUUCAGCAUGCGGUGGACCGGGCUAUCAUGCGUGCAUACAACAAAACGGCGGCAAAGUCUCUGCUGGCCCAUACGCGUGUGGUUGUGUCACGCUUCCCCUACCCGGCCUUCAUCUAUGACGUGUUCAUUCUGGUCAUUCAGAACCAGCUGCCCCUGCUGUUGGUGCUCAGCUUCACCUACACCUCUCUCAACAUCAUACGAGCUGUAGUGCAGGAGAAAGAGAGGAAACUCAAGGAGUACAUGCGAAUGAUGGGCCUCAGUAACUGGCUCCAUUGGACUGCCUGGUUCCUCAUGUUCCUCCUCUUCCUCUCCAUCUCCAUCUUCUUUGUCACACUGCUCUUCUGUGUGAAGGUCAGUACCAAAGGAGCUGUGUUGACCUACAGCGAUCCAACCCUGGUGUUUGUUUUCCUGCUGGUGUUUGCUGUAGCAACUAUCAACUUUAGCUUCAUGAUCAGCUCCUUCUUCUGCAGAGCUAACGUUGCAGCUGCAGCAGGUGGUUUUAUCUACUUCCUGAGUUACCUGCCUUACGUGUUCCUGUGGCCACGCUAUGACCUGCUGAGCCACGCCCAAAAAGUCUCCGCUUGCCUGAUUUCAAAUGUUGCCAUGGCGAUGGGAGCACAACUCAUUGGCAUGUUCGAAGGCAAAGGGACAGGGGUGCAGUGGAGCAAUCUGUUUCAGCCGGUAAGCGUGGAUGAUGACUUCUCGCUGGCCCAGGUGAUGGGCUUGCUGCUGCUGGAUGCAGUGCUCUAUGGCAUGUUGGCCUGCUAUAUGGAGACCGUCUUCCCUGGGGAAUAUGGCGUCCCGCGGCCCUGGUACUACUUCCUGCUGCCCUCCUACUGGUGUAGCACCCCACGUGUCGCCCUGCUAAAGGAGAAGGAGGAAGAGGAGGAUGCAGAGAAGGCGCUGAAGGGAGAGUUCAUAGAGGAGGAGCCGGCUGGCCUGGUGUCCGGAGUCAAGAUCAAACAUCUAGCCAAGAUCUUCAAAGUGGGAAACAAGACAAAGGAAGCAGUGAGAGAUCUGACACUGAACAUGUUUGAAGGCCAGAUCACUGUUCUACUGGGACACAAUGGAGCCGGCAAGACCACCACUUUAUCCAUGCUCACAGGUCUGUUUACGCCCACCAGUGGCAGGGCCUACAUUAACGGUUAUGACAUCAGUCAGGACAUGUCUCUUAUUCGCCGCAGUCUGGGUCUCUGUCCACAGCACGAUGUACUGUUUGAUAACCUGACAGUCCGAGAGCAUCUGCUCUUCUAUGCACAGCUGAAAGGAUAUCCACAAGAGAAGAUUCCGGAUGAAGUGGACCGGAUCCUCCGUGUGCUGAACUUGGAGGACAAACGGGACAGUCGCUCAAAGACACUCUCUGGGGGCAUGAAGAGGAAGCUGUCCAUCGGCAUCGCGCUCAUCGGAGACUCUAAGGUGGUGAUGCUGGACGAGCCAACUUCCGGUAUGGACCCGUGUGCUCGGCGCGCCACCUGGGACCUGCUCCAGGGGGAGAAGCGUGGCCGCACCAUCCUGCUCACCACACACUUCAUGGACGAGGCCGACCUCCUGGCUGACCGCAUCGCCAUCAUGGCUGCUGGAGAGCUGCAGUGCUGCGGCUCGCCGCUCUUCCUCAAGAACAAAUAUGGUGCUGGCUACCACAUGGUGAUAGUAAAAGAUGCCUUAUGUAAUGUGUCUGAGAUUACUCGGCUAGUCCAUCUGUAUGUGCCAAACGCUACACUAGAGAGCAGUGCUGGAGCAGAACUCUCCUACAUAUUGCCCAAAGAGAGCAGCAGCCGUUUUGAGCUUCUGUUUGCUGAGCUUGAAAUGAACAGAGAAGAGCUGGGCAUUGCCAGUUAUGGAGCGUCCGUCACCACUAUGGAGGAAGUGUUUCUGAGAGUUGGGAAGCUGGUGGACUCUAGCUUGGACAUCCAGGCCAUCCAGCUGCCAGCUCUGCAGUACCAGCAUGAGCGGCGGUCACACGACUGGACCAUGGACGACACCAGCAGCAUCAGUGGACUGACUGAUGUCACAGAUUUUACAGACAGUGGCACACUCAUCUCAGAGGACUGCUCCAACAUCAAGCUCAAUACUGGGGCUAGACUCUACAUGCAGCAGUUCUACGCCAUGUUUCUGAAGCGAGCUCUCUAUAGCAUGCGGAACUGGAAGGUGAUGGUGGCUCAGUUUCUUGUGCCGCUGGUUUUCACGGUGUUGGCCCUGGUGGUGGCCCGCACCCUGCCCGGUCGCCACAACACUCCCCAGUUGAAGCUGUCGCUGGAGCGCUACGGACCCACCUAUGUGCCUAUAGCCCUGGGUCCCACAGCAGGGCCCCUUGCGGUGGCUCUUGCCCAGGCCUACAGUGGCCAGCUUCCCGAGCAGAGGGCCACACCCAACAACAUCACAGACUUCUCUGAGUAUGUGUUGCAAAACGCUGAGGAGGAAGGUGGAGCCUUCAAUGAGCACUGUGUGGUUGGUGUGGCUUUCCGCGGAAAAAGCUCCAAAUUUGUAGAGGCAACUGCCUACUUCAACAAUCAGGGUUACCACACCCCUGCCACUGCCCUCCAGCUGCUGGAUAAUGCCCUAUACCGCAUGCUGGCUGGACCUAAUGCCUCCAUACGCGCGGGCAAUGACCCCAUGCCACGCAACCUAUCCGAAACGGCACAGAGCCAGCUUUCUGUGAGUCAGACGGGCUUUGCCAUCGCGAUCAACCUGAUGUACGGCAUGGCCUCUCUGUCCAGCACAUUUGCGCUCUUACUGGUGACGGAGCGCGCGCUCAAGUGCAAGCAUGUGCAACAGGUCAGCGGCGUCUACGUGUCCAACUACUGGCUCUCCGCCCUGCUCUGGGACCUGAUCAACUUCAUGCUGCCCUGCCUGCUCAUGCUGGUGGUGUUCAGGGUGUUUGCCGUCAAGGCCUUUGUGGAGCACAACCACCUGGUGGACGUGCUGCUGGUGCUGCUGCUGUUUGGCUGGGCGGUAGUGCCGCUCAUGUACCUGCUCAGCUUCCUCUUCUCCACGGCAGCCACCGCCUACACCCGCCUCACCAUCUUCAACAUCAUCAGUGGCACGGCCACCUUCCUGGCCGUCACCAUCAUGACCAUUCCAGAGCUGGAAUUACAGGACCUAUCUCACAUCCUGGACAAGGUCUUCCUGCUCUUCCCCAACUACUGUCUGGGCAUGUCCUUUAGCCAGUUCUACCAAAAUUACGAGCUUAUUACCUUCUGCACCUCCAACCCUGUGGCAGAGACCAUCUGCAAAGUAUACAACUUCACCUACCAGGAGAACUACUUCUCAAUGACGGCCCCAGGCAUUGGGCGGUUCCUGGUUGCCAUGGCGCUGCAGGGUUUGCUCUUCAUCGUGCUCCUCUUCCUUGUGGAGCUGCAGUGUGUGCGCACGAUGAAACGUGCGCUGGGCUCCCUCUGCAGGAGGCACAGGAAGGGGCUCUUGCUGUCUGGAGCAGCAGCAUUACAACCUGAGGACAGGGAUGUGGCUGAAGAGAGGAAGAGAGUUCUGGAGUGCCAGCCUGUGGUGGAGUCCAUGGUUGGGAGCCCUCUUAUCCUGCAGGAGCUCACUAAGGUGUACACAGGGGGGCCAACUCUGCUGGCGGUUGACCGGCUCUCUCUGGCCGUGGGCAAGGGCGAGUGCUUUGGCCUGCUGGGCUUCAACGGAGCAGGGAAGACCACUACCUUUAAGAUGCUCACUGGAGACGAGACCGUAACCUCAGGAGACGCCUACAUCGAUGGCUACAGUGUCUUGAGGGACAUCAAGAAGGUUCAGCAGAGAAUUGGAUACUGCCCUCAGUUUGAUGCCGUGCUGGAUCACAUGACCGGCCGUGAAACACUGAGCAUGUACGCGAGGCUAAGGGGCGUGCCAGAGAAGUACGCUUCGGCCUGCGUAGAAAACGUGCUCCGCUCCCUUUUGCUGGAGCCCCAUGCUGACAAGCUGGUCCGCAGCUACAGUGGGGGUAACAAGAGGAAACUGAGUGCUGGGAUGGCUCUGAUUGGUGGCCCACCUGUCAUCUUUCUGGACGAACCAUCAACGGGCAUGGAUCCUGUUGCCAGGCGACUGUUGUGGGAUGCUGUCACCCGUACUCGCGAGUCUGGCAAAGCAGUCAUCAUCACUUCACACAGCAUGGAGGAGUGUGAGGCGCUGUGCACCCGUCUGGCUGUGAUGGUGAACGGCCAGCUGAAGUGUCUGGGCAGUCCGCAGCACCUUAAGAGCAAGUUCGGCAGCGGCUACACCCUCCUGGCCAAGGUGCGGCUGGAGAGUGAGGUGGAGGAGACCCAGCUGCAGCUCUUUAAAGAGUUCAUCGAGUCCACAUUCCCAGGGAGCUUACUGAAGGAUGAACACCAGGGCAUGGUGCACUACCACUUGACUGACAAAAGCCUGACAUGGGCUCAGGUCUUUGGGACCCUAGAGGCAGCCAAAGAAAAGUAUGGCAUCGAGGACUACUGUGUGAGUCAGAUCUCUCUGGAGCAGGUGUUCCUGAGCUUUGCUCAGUUCCAGCACUGUGCUGAGGGGGCUCGCAAGUGAAGAAGAGGGGUGGGCCCCUUCUCAGUCCCCGCCUCCCCACACUGUCCGUCCGUGCAGGGCUUGAGCAAACGGACACUCUCCUCGAGGCUCCACCAGAGGACUGCUCAGGUCUCUUCAACCAAUACUGACACAAGCCUCAACCACAGUGCAGCUCUGCACAUUGUGUCGUGUGCGUUAGUAGGCAAAAUGUGGAGUGUCUGCUGUCCUUUGGUUUCUGUGUGUGUGUGUGUGUGUGUGCGCGUGUGCGUGCGUGUGCGCGCGUGUGUGUGUGCGUGCGUGUGUGUGUCAGUCAUGUAAUCAUGGGGAGUGUACUGGGGAUGAGCUGGGUGUGCACAUCGGUCCGAGUCUUAGAUAUUGCACCUUUUUGUUCUUUGUUUUUCUUUUUUGAAAAGACUUGAAAGUACAUUACUACUGGAGAUGAAGUUCAUUCCACACUCCUUUAAAUGGUCUGUCGGACAGAUCAGCUAUCAACAAUUGAUGUGUGUGUUUUUUUGUGCAGCUUUUUUUUGCUGUGUCUGUGUUCAUCACAGCAUUCGCUAAGGCUUUUGUUUUCUUCCAUUGUUUGUUACUGUUCUGAAGUGGCAGCAUCUCACUGUAAACGUGUGGGAUUGUGUGAAGUGUAAAUAGUCCAAUCAUUCCUUAAUAACUCUUCCCUCCAGCCAGAGCCAUUCAGGUUAAGUACAAAUAGGCAUGUUGACAUGGAAACCUUCUUAUGAGAGAAACGCAUGGCAUUAGAAUGAACUGUUCAGACCAAGCCUGUUCAAAAGGUUUCACCUCAUGAGUUUCUCAGGCCUUUAGAGACACUUUGUAUUGGGACUGUCCUGGGAACAAAACUACUUUUGUUUAUGGUAUCUGUGCUGCUUACAUGCCAUCCAUUUGCACUGACAUGCAUUACACAUGAAUAUGCAUCACAGAAAUAGUUUAUGUACUCAGCCUAGGUGGAUAGGCUGUCCAAUGGGUGUAUGCGAGUGUAAGCUUGCCUAUGUAUGUGUGUGUAGGCGUGGACCGUAGGCUUUUGUGUUUGAAAAACAUUCCUGCGUUUUCUUAAUCUAUGGUGAAACCAUGAUUGUGCCGCUCUACUCAGUCAGUGAAGUUGCUCUUGUUGCAUCGUCUUGAGACCCAGAUGUGCCUUAUUCAGAAGGCAGUGCACUCACCCCUGCAGAUGUCCUGUAUGAUGGUCCUAUUGAGUGUUUCUCUCACAUUGCUGACAUCUCUACUGUAUGAUGAUGUUCUGGGUCCCCAUAGUUUUAAGGAGCAUAAUACUAAAAUGUUUAAUUAGAGGUCAAUAGCAGUCUCAACAACUCGAUUGUGAGGAUGUGAAUCGUACCUAUGACCAAAUGUCCACUAAACUCAAGACAUUUCAUUCAGCUUCUGAGAGCAGGAUUAUCUCUUGAGACUUCACACGUGAAUGUAAUCGAAACUAGUUGAAGGCUCCAAGGAGAACUCAUUUAGAUACUCGUUAUUUUUUGUAUUGCAAAAAAGGCAAAAAUGUACCCGUAGUAUAAAGUAAACACACUGAUUGGAGAAGGCAUGCUUACAUAAUGAAUUUAUGUUGCCCUAACCCCUCACUCAUCUGUGAAGUGCAAAUACUUAUUUAAUGACCAAGAUAAGAAAGACCUGUGUCCGUUCAGUGUUGGCUGUAUUGGCUGGUGAGUUUUGGACGUUGACAAUUGUGACAUUGUGACAUCAUUUGAUGGGUUUGUGAGGGGACAGCACCUUGACCUAUUUUCUUUGUCUUUAUAUUUGCACAGCACAUUAACAUUUUUUCUUCUUUGGAAAUUCAAUAUUGCAUUUGUAAACAUAAAUAAUAAUGUUGACUGAAAAUUACUACUGUAUCAUAUUUAAAGAAGGGAAUCCAUGUUGUAAUCUUCUGUACUGUAUCACUGAAUGAACCGUGUCAAAUAUACAUGUAUUGCUGUAAUUUUUUUUAUUAAAUAUGCUUCAUGAGAAAA